AUGGUAUCCAGUCUACUUGCUCGCUCUAUCAUUGUAACAAUCGGUACACUUUAUCCUGGAUAUCGAUCAUAUAAAUCGCUCAUUACUUCAGAUUUACGUGAAGUGGUUCAUUGGCUUCGAUAUUGGAUUCUUUUUUCAAUAUUUAUUGCAUGUGAAACGGUAACCGAUGUCUUUCUAUCAUGGUUUCCAUUUUAUUAUUGGAUUAAAAUUGCUCUUGUACUUUGGAUGAGUUCUCCAGCGGGUACAACACUUUUAUAUAAACGUUUUGUACAACCGGUGCUUAAAGAACGUGAACAAGAAAUCGAUGAAUUACUCGAACAAACGAAACAAAAAGGCUAUUCAACAUUACUCGAUCUAACUAAUAAAGGUGUUCGUUAUGCAUCAAACAUAUUUUUAAAUACUGCUGUAUUAGGUCAAGCAUAUUUAGGGGAACAUUUAAAACGUUCCUUAAGUGCAAGUGAUAUAAAUAGUGGACAAGCAAAGAACUUUUUCAAUCCAUCUGAUCCAUUAUUAGAAGAAGACGAAGACGAGCAAGAAGUCCAGCCAAAAGUGAACAAACGUUCAAAAGAAAGUCAAAAUCAUUUAUCAAAAGGCACCAAUGGUGCUAAUCGACGACUACGCUCAAACCAACAAGCAAAAUCUAAUAAUUCAUUCGAUGAUCAAAUAGGUGAAUUCGAAAUGCCAACAAGUAGAACUCGUAAACAACAAAAAUCUACAGUGAACAAAACAAGUCCUACAAUUUAUUCUUCAAAUGAAAGUUCUCAUCUUGGAACGAUCUCAAAACGACAAAUGAUAAAAACGACAGUGACAACAGCUAGAGCUCCUAUUGUUAAAUCGAAAGCAAUCAUUGAACAAGAAACAAAUGAAAUAGAUGAUGAAAAUGUCCAAAGCACUCUAUAA